CCAGUAGAGUGAGAGCUCUGUCGUUCACUUGUGCUUCUCCUUAAAGUGACAGCAGCGUUUGCGCUCGAGCUCAUCGUCAUUCAUUUCCUGAAUCAACUCGAGCCGAGCCGAGCCGAGCCGUGCCGUACUGUAGUUUAUAAACAACACAAGUGUAGUUAGUGACUCGGGCCGAGUGAAGCCUCCCAGAGGAGACGCUGCUCUUCGUGGACGUGUGUUUGGUUUAUUUUAGAGCGAUGGCAGAAGACGGGACCGCGCGGAGGAACUGAUGCAUCAUCGGCAGCAGCAGCAGCGGUCUGACGAUCUGAAGUCUGCGUGGCCCUCGACCUGUAACUCCACACACACUGACCGGAAUAACACCAUGGACGCUCCUCAGUACACGGGUUACCCGUCACACUACUGGUAUCCUCAGUCUCACGCCACAGGACACUAUGCUAACACCUACCCAUCUGGAUCAGAAAUGCAGCCACAGUACAGUCCACAGGUGAUUCCCGGAGGUUACCCCAAUGGUCAUGGCGUCUACAGCCCAGCGCAGAAUCAAUAUUCAGCAAGUGGUUUCCAUCCAUCCAACCCUUUCUACUGCGCUGACCCUCAGAGACCAGGUCCAGGUCCGUAUCCCAACCAGGGCUGCCCCACAGAGCAGGGCAGUGGGUCUGGGCAGCCACACGCUCCACACCAGCAUCAUCACUACCCUGGUCCACACUGUCAAGGGGGUUAUCCUCCAGGACCUUACUCUCACUAUACAGAAGGUGGUCAUGCAAUGCCUCCAAACCCUCCAUACCCCACUGGCCAGUCCCUGCAUCCCAGUGCUCAGGCUGAAGCGUGGGCUCAUUCUGGUGCUUAUGGAUCGUCACAGCAGCCGCAGCAGCAGUGGCAGCCAGGACAGCAGCCUCCACAGAACCACUACGGAAAUCCUGUACGUCCACCGCAACCCCCGGCGUGGCCAGGCACCGGAACUGGCGCUCCACCUCCUUAUCAGCCCAAGGACCAACAGCAUCAACGUGCCCCACAAGUGGGACCUAAACCAAGACCAACCCCAUCCCCAAAUCCUCCCAACGGAAAGCCAGCUGAAAUAAGUUCACCUCCUCAAAUGUACAGCAGAACGGGGAGAGCUGAGCCGAAUCCCUCACAAGGUGACCCCCCACACUCGACCCCAGCCCAAGCUCUGGCUCCGGGCCAGGCGGGACCUCAGCCACUGAGCAAUAACCCCGGCCUCGCAAAGGUCCAGCAGGUCAUGGCCCGAAUGCUGCUGCUUCAGGAAGAUGUUGACGAGUUUGUUGGCAGAAAGACGGACAAGAGUUACCGGUGUCUGGAGGAACUGCUGACCAAAGAGCUGCUGGAGCUGGACUCUGUGGAGACUCAGGGACUGGAGAGUGUCCGGCAAGCCAGGAAGGAGGCUGUACAGAGGAUCCAGGCCAUUCUGGAGCAGCUGGAGAAGAAAGCCUUCUGAACUUUUGGGGGGUUUGAGCGUCACUAAGUCUUGCUGUUUUCUUCUUGCAGAUUUUCCGUGGACACCGUGAGAGCUCAAUGAAAUGAAAUGCUGAGAUGAAACAUCCUGGACUUGGGAACAAGAGCAUAAUUCUGCUGAUAGAGUGACAUGAGGGUAUUAAUUGUACAUAUCUUCAGACUAUUAGCCUCUGUGAGUGGCCGUGCUGUCUGACUCUCUCGCUCUGGAUUAAUUCAGUGCCACAUUGCAACUGUUAGCUGUCUUUAACCCGUGAUACGUGUUAGGAUGAUCAUCAUGCUGUCCCUCAGGAUUGUGGAGCGGUCUUAGUCCGGUCCCUGUUCAUAAUGACACGUCACACACACACACACACACACACACACACACACACACAC